CACGAUCAAUAAAUCCCAUGUCGUUAUUACUAUCUGAUCAGUAAAGGCGCUUCCGUGAUUAGAGUAAAUUGCCAUCACCUGUUUUCUGGUAAUCGCAUGUGAUUUGUCGUGCAGGCAUGUUUAGGGCUACCUAGAAUUAAUCGUGUAACGUUAACGUUUUAACACGCUUUGCAUGUUUCAUUUGUAUGAUAGCCAACAACACGAGAUGUUGGAAUCUAGUUUCCCGCUAAAACUGUAAAGAGCGUUGGCAUUCAAGCAGCAUUCUCUACUCCAAAGCCAAGACGACGGAGUAAAGCGGUCCAGGUAAAACCUUUGUGCCCCUCUGUGUCAUGCUCUACUGAGGAUCUUGGUGAUCCUCUCUUUGUAACGUCUACACCGAUCAAAAGGGCACGGAUGGAAACUAGCGCAUAUGAGAUCAACAACACCUCGCUGGGUACAAUACAUGACUCAAGAACGUUGGAUUCCACAUACUAUCCUGACAUCACUCAAGAAGAGGACAGUCAAAAGGAUUCCCAACCCCUUUACAGUGCAGCCAAAUACAUAGUAUAUGAGGAUAACUUGUUGGACCUAUUUAGAAAGUGUUCGACAUGCAUGCACACCUGCACAGUAAACAAGUUUGUGAUUGGAACCUUUGUGUCAAUUACACAGAUAUGUUCACACUGUGUCCACAAAACCCAGUGGAACAGCCAGCCAUACAUCAAGAAUAUCCCAGCUGGCAAUCUGCACUUGUCAGCAGCAGUAACUUUCACUGGGGCAUCAUACAUAGCGGUUCACAAGGUUCUCUCAGCUCUGCGCCUUGAGUGUAUGUGUCCCAGGACAUUUUUUAACCAUCAAAAGGCUUUCCUCAUACCAACAAUUUUGUGGCACUGGAGGUCUGAGCAAAAAACACUUGUGGAACAGGCAAAGCUAUCUGGAAAGGCCAUAGUUCUGGGAGGUGACAUGAGAGCUGAUUCACCAGGACAUUGUGCAAAGUACGGUAGCUACACAAUGAUGAGCUUGGAUGACAACAGGGUGGUGGACAUUCAGUUGGUACAGAGUAACGAGGUAGGUGCAAGCCCUCGGAUGGAACUGGAAGGUUUUUUGAGGAGCAUCAACUUCUUAGAAUCUGAAGGUAUGAAGAUUGGUGCACUUGUCACUGAUCGCCAUCCUUCGAUUCAGAAGUACCUCAGGGAGCAGAGACCUGACAUCCGACAUUAUUUUGACACUUGGCAUGUAUCUAAAGGUCUUGCAAAGAAAAUAGAUGCUCUUGGGAAAGAACGAGCUUGUGGAGAAGUUCGUUCCUGGAAAAAGAGUGUCAUUAAUCACCUCUACUGGUGCGGAGUCUCUUCAAAGACCGGAGAUGAAGCUGUGGCAAAGUGGAGGUCAAUUACCAAUCAUGUGCAAAAUGUGCAUCAUCACAACAGUGAGAUAUUCCCCGUCUGUGCACAUGUACCUCUUGAGGAGCGAGCAUGGCUGAAACCUAACACCAAAGCUUGUGAAAAGUUUUGUGACCUCAUGCUGCAAGGUCGUCUUUUGAAGGACAUUGCAAAAUUGAGCCCUUGCCACCAGACGUCUUCAAUUGAAGGCUUUCAUAGCCUGAUAUUGAAAUUUGCACCAAAGAAUGUUUCAUUUCCAUUUUUCGGAAUGUUGAGCAGGUUACUCCUUGCAGCUCUUCACUACAAUGAGAACGCAGAUCGGGAACCAGCACGCAAUGAGAGUGGUGACAUGGUAUUUAAAAUCAGGUGGCCAAAGUUCAAAAAGGGUGAAUACAGCAUUUCCAACAGGAAACCGGAACCUACAUACAACUAUGUGGACACGCUGCUGAAGAUGCUGCUUGAAGACGUCGUUCACAACCCUGACCCAUACCAGGAAUACAUGAGUGAACUAAAGGUCCCUGAUGAUCUGUGCGCUGCCUUUGAAAGACCAGACCUGCGGGAAGCUGCAGCAAGACGUUGGACCCGCUUUUCACAGACUCCGAGUUCUGUGGGGGUUUCAAGUGAACUUUUAAUGUAUGAGACAGAAACUGAAUGUGAUGGUCUGUGAUAGAGGGAGAGUAUGUGUAUGAUUUUGUUUUGAUUGUUUUAAAAAAUGCAUACACUUACACAUAGUGUAAAAAAUUAAUAUAUAAAACACAGUUCUGAAAAAAGUAAAAUGAGAAUGUUACAAAUCAAGUCUUGGCAUCAUUUAU